AUGGUCCUCGAUCCCUUUACCUCACUGUCUCUGGCCUGCGCGGUAUGCCAGUUCCUUGACUUCUCGGGCACGCUGUUCUCGAAGUCGCGCAAGAUCUACAAGAGCACCACGGGCUACGACGAUGACACCGACACUGUGCUGGGAAUCACCAAGAAUCUGCGCUCUCUGACAGAGAAGUUGAAGACACCCGCCGAUCCUUAUUCGCUAUGA